AGCUCUCACACACGCGCACGCGCACGCACACGCAGACACACACAACUUCCCUUCCUCCUUCCUCCACGCCCCCCGCCACCACCCCCUUCCGCCAUCGUCAAUCCACCUUCACCUCACCUCACCCGGUCCCCCCUCCCCUCUCUUCUGUUUCCGUCUCGCGUGUGCGCCUGAAUUGAAGUCGGAGCGUGCCUGUGUCUUCCACAAUGCUCUUCUCGUCGUCUCUCCUUGCCUUGCUGGCUGUCCAGGUCUGGGGCGUCGUCGCCCAGGCCGAUGCCGACGCCGCUGCCGACGCGGGCAAGACGUACUCGACGCCCCCGGAGCUCUCCGCCGACGUCAAGACGACGUUCCCCGACGCCGACAUCCUCGGCGUGCGGCUCAUCAAUGGGCGCCCGACGCGCGCCCUCGUCGAGGUGACCAACAAGGAGGACGGCCCCAUCAACGUGGCCUUCAUGACGGGCGUCCUGGCCACCACCCAGGAGCUCCCCGCCGACGCCCCCGCCUACCAGGGCAUCGUCCGCAACCUCACGGCCGUCCAGUACAACCUCCCCAUCGAGGCCGGCGAGACAAAGUCCAUCCCCUACUCCUUCGCCCUCGACAUGCAGCCCCAAGACGUCCGCCUCUCUCUCGUCGCCGUCAUCACCAACGCCAAGGGCAACUUGUUCCAGAUUGCUGCCCACGACGGCACCGCCGCCAUUGUCGAGGCUCCCACCAGCUUCUUCGAUCCCCAGAUCAUCUUCCUCUACCUCGUCCUCUCGGGCGCCUUCGCCGGGACGCUCUACUUUGUCUACAAGACCUGGAUCGAGGCCCUCUUCCCUCAGGCCAAGCGCACCAAGCCCGCCCGCAAGAGCAAGAAGGCCGUCGACGCCGACGCCGCCCUCUCUGGCCCCGAUACCGCCGCCGCCGCUUCCGCCACCGGCGUCAGCAAGUCCUACGACGAGAGCUGGAUCCCCGACCACCACAUCAACCGCCCCGUGGCCAAGCGCGUCAAGUCGACUGCCAGCCAGAAGAAGAAGGGCGCCGAGUAAGCGCCUUUCCUUCCCGGGAGCCCUUUUUUUUGGUGGUGCUGGUGGUGGACAGCAGCCGCAGAACGACUCCACCCGCCCGCCGGUCGCCGUAGCGAGCCUUGAGGGGUGCGAGGCUCGUGGCUUCUGCCGGCUGCGCGGUAGCCAUGUGUCAAGCCUCUGCGACCAGGCAGGUUGGGCUGGAGGUAGUGGCACGUGGCAUGUGGCAGGCGCUGUGUACCGUUCUGUGGCGUUGACCUGGUAGAGCCAUGGCCAAAAGGCGGAAAUGGAACGCUGCAAGAGGGGGUGGUGGGAAAAGCGAACGGCGAAAAGUGUUGUACAGUAUUGUGUCAGUGACAGACAGGCUAGAUCAUGACAGCAUCUUUUUUCCUCCACCA